AUGCCCGACUGGCUGCCGGAUCUCAACGUCUCCCGGCUCUCGGGCUCGCCGCCGCCGCCGGGCAAUGGAAGCGCGGCUGGGGAGCUCCCGCACUUUCAGCACCACGGACAGUUCCCGGCGCCGGUCUCCAUCCUCCUGGCGGUGCUGAUGGGGCUGGUGGUGCUCGUCACCGUCUUGGGCAACGCGCUGGUCAUCUUGGCUUUCGUGGUGGACAGAAGCCUCCAGACCCAAGGGAAUUUCUUCUUCCUUAACUUGGCCAUUGCGGAUCUUUUAGUAGGUGGAUUUUGCAUCCCUCUCUACAUCCCUUACAUCCUGACAGGGGAAUGGAAAUUUGGGAGGGGCUUGUGCAAGCUCUGGUUGGUGGCCGAUUACCUGGUGUGCACCGCUUCGGUCUUCAACAUCGUCUUGAUCAGUUUCGACCGAUACAUCUCCGUGACGAAAGCGGUGAGUUACAGAGCUCAGAAGGGGAUGACCAGGAAUGCAGUGAUCAAAAUGGUGAUGGUAUGGAUUGCAGCUUUUCUCCUCUAUGGUCCAGCCAUCAUCAGCUGGGAGUACAUUGCCCAGAGAAGCAUCCUACCAGAAAAAGAGUGUUACGCCGAGUUCUUCUACAAUUGGUACUUCCUCAUGACCGCCUCCACCCUAGAGUUCUUCACACCUUUCAUCAGUGUCACCUACUUCAACUUAAGCAUUUAUUUCAACAUUCGGAAGCGGACACCUGUAAGAACUGAGAAUCUCCCACCAGACCAGGACAACUGCGAAAUGCACCCGCUCGGGAAGACACAAGGACGUGGCCUAUUUUUAAUGAAACUAGCAAGCAGGAACAGGAGUCAGAGAAUGCACAACUCUUCACCUUCUAAUCCGGAGCCACGUGCACUCAGCAUUCAGAACCUGGAGAGCCAGGUGGUCGAAUGCAACCUCGGUCAAGAUCUUCCACCUUUACAAAUGGACACUCAGAGGACCAAGUCGCCAUGGGCCGGUUUCUACAAAGCUCUCGAGAGUCUUUCCAACACCACACGAAGAACGGAGAUUGCCCACACCAUGGCGAGUCGAUUUCGGCUCUCUCGAGAUAAACGAGUGGCCAAAUCACUGGCCAUCAUCGUCUGCAUCUUUGGUCUGUGCUGGGCUCCCUAUACGCUCCUGAUGAUCAUCCGAGCUGCUUGCCAUGGGCAAUGCAUCCCACACGCGCUCUACGAAGCCUCCUUUUGGCUCCUAUGGCUGAAUUCUGCCAUCAACCCCAUUUUAUACCCUCUGUGCCACAUGAGUUUCCGGAAAGCUUUUUUCAAACUGUUGUGCCCGGGUAAAGCGAAGAUUCACCCAAAUCUUUUCCUGUGAGGAUGUACAAAGCAGGAGAGUUUUAGGACAGAGACAUUUUCUUGGGAGGCUGCUGACCACAUGCUCAUCUAAAACUAAAACUGCAGCCCAGUUAGAAAAAUGAUCUCUGAACAAUCUACCCCUGAACAUUCAAUACAUUUAUGAGGGAAAGAUCUGGAGGUUUGGGGCAGUCCUGCAGAAGUUUACACCUUCAGACCUGUUUUGAGACAAUGCAAUAUUUUGCAAGCAUAACGUUGCAAUGCUCGGGUAUGCAAUGAGAUAUUGUCCAACUGCAUUCUCAGUUCCCAAGAAUUAAUGCUUUUCACAGUGCUAAAAUUCAGUAGCUACUGAACCCCUCUCUCUCUCUCUCUCUCUCUCUCUCUCUCUCUCUGUGUGUGUGUGUGUGUGUAUUAAGUAGUGGCAAAAGAAAAAAGGGCAUGUUUCUUUUAAAGGUUACUUUCAAAGACUUACAAAACUAUUGCCUUCUGUCUAUCUGAUAUCCCACAUAGGGAGGGAAGAUGUGUAGAAGCUGAUGUGUAAACGGAACUUGCACAUGUUCAAGGGCUUCUUCACCUGUAUUGGAAGUCCUUCUCUGUGGCAGAACUACCAGCAAGAUCAAAGCCAGUAGGAGCUCCACAUGGGUAUCAUAGUGAGACUCCUGCAGGACUUUCAGCUGGAAAAACACACAAACAUGCACGCACACACACCUUAAAUACCUGCCCUCUUACAAAACUUGCAGCAGUUCACAGGAAGCAUUUCUUCCCAGAGAGGUAACCUCUCCACUGUGUGGGUGUGCACAAUCACACAUGUGUGCACACAUACACACUGUCCUAGAAGUGACCUGGAACUUGUUUUUUUAAAGCAUGAUGAGGAAGGAGCAGAUGGAAGGCCACUUAGUACACUGCUUGUGGGGAAAACCUAUGGUGCCGAUUUAGGCACACAAAUUGCCCCGUUCCAGACAAGCGAGUUUUCUGCUUUUGCAUAAAUCACACCGAUCCUAACCAUAUCUGUACCUACAAUGGGUAUAUUAUUCCAGUCCCGUGACUGCUGCACCUCAUCUGAAGUACUGAUUAGUUCAUCAGACCAUAAUUUUCUGUAAUUACCUUUGCGCAGAUGAAAGAGGUGCCCAGUUUCCUCCUCUAGUUCAGCAGACACUGAAGAUCUGUAUCUUUGCAACGCCAUUGUCAGUCAGUGUAGACAAUACCGAAUGAGAUGAACCAAGGGUCUGGCUCAGUAGAAGGCAGUUUCUUAGGGGGUGUUGCCAUAGCUCAGAGACGGAUCAUCUGCUUUGCAUGCAGCAUUCAAUCCCCAGCGAUGGAAUUCUGACUCUGUAGAAGGCAGUUUUCUUCGUUCCGAUGGGCUUACCACUGCCCUAGGUGAACUCAUGACUGAGCUGAGAUUUGGACUCCUGGCGAAAGGCGGUCGUGCAAAGUUCUUCCACUGCACUGGCUCUCGGUGGGAUGGAGGUUGAAUUGUCAAUUCUUUUUACACAAGCCUCCAAUUCAUAACCCGCUUCUAGGGGUGUGCACAGAACUGGCUGGUCCGGUUCAGUUCGAGUCAAGACAGGACCUGAACGGGACCGGGCCAGUUUAGUCUUGCACCCUCUCGGACCCUGCCCCCAGAGAAGGGGGGGAUUGCAAACUUUUUCUGUGUUUAAAUUUAACAAAAUUAUACUCCCUCCAGGGGAGUUAUUGGAGGCGGUGGGGUGGUGGUCCCGUGGAGGUUCUUCCUCUCCCCUCUGGCCUCCCUUGAUGUCCAUACCAGCCAGCACUUUGGCCACACAGAGGCCAGUUGUGCAGGGGUGGCAGCCUCCAAAAUGGCCAUCACGCCAGAGGAGGAAGGCCCGAACAGGGGGUGGACCAAACAGGGGAUGGUUUGGUUCGACCCCGAACCGUCAAACCAAACAAGAUCAACGCCAAACCCGUUUGCACAUCCCUACCUGCUUCUGCACUCUACUUGGUGACAUGUGGAUUCACUCACCUCUUCUAUCAACAGAGUGCUUGGCCUAAACUCAAUGAUAGAGCAUAGACUUGGCAUGCAUCAGAUGAUCCUUGCCAUCCUCUCCAGUGAAAUGAGAUCUUGGGUAGGAGAACUGAAGAAGACCCCCACCUCCAGACCUUAAGACAGCUGCUCUUUUAGUCAAGAGUGGACUAUUUGGGCAUUGGGGUUGAGGAUGAAAGGAAUCCAAGUUCAAGGGGACCCAAGGUUGAGCAUGCCUGAAUAAUACCGACAGUCCAACUCUGUAUAAGGUUGCUACAUUCAGUCAUGAGCAGGCAGAAUCCAUCGUCAUUGCCUCUUCACCAGAAACUGCUUCUGUGCUUGUCAAAAUGGGAUUCAUGGCCAAAGUUACGGGGGGUGGGGCGGGCAGCAAGAUGAAGCUGUACUCCCAUUAAGAGUAAUCGCCAAGCAUCAGUCUGCUAUGUAACUUUUCAGAAGUGCUCAUUCGUAGAAAGACCACAUUGUAAGUGGUCUCUUUGUUUUACUGGCAUUACAUCUCAUCUUGCCGGCAGUGGGCUUAGUGUCAUUUUCACGGAUUAAAAUAAUGUCGUUUCAAGAGGAA